UUCACACGUCUUUUGAGGCAAAAAGCCAUCCUCACGCGUUUUUUUUUCUUUGGUGCUCGUACUCCUUUUAAGCUUCGACAUUCUAGAUAUAAGGGAUCCAUUAAGGGAAGAUCCCUCUACACGUUCGUUCUAGCCUCCUGAAUGUGAGCGAGAUCCAAAGGGAUAGGCUGAUAAUAUUUCGUAACCCCGGAAUCAAAUCGAGUCAACAGAGCCAAUCUUCUUAAUCUCUCUUUCUUGUUUUUGUCCCCAAGUUCCUGAUAUAUGGCCUCUUCCAAAAGGAUUUACCAUGUGUUCCUUAGUUUUAGAGGCCCAGACGUCCGCAACAAUUUCCUUAGUCAUCUCUACGCGGCUCUGGAUCAGAAAGGGAUACACACUUUUGUGGAUGACGAGGAGCUCGGGAAAGGAGAGCAAAUAUCGCCGACCCUUAUGAGGGCGAUCGAGGAAUCGCGCAUCGCCAUCAUCAUUUUCUCCGAGGACUACGCUUCCUCGCGGUGGUGUUUGGAAGAGCUGGCGACGAUCAUGGAAUGCAAGGCACAGAAGGAGCUGAUUGUGCUGCCGGUGUUUUACAAAGUGGAACCAAGAGAAGUGAGAGAGGGGAGAGAGGCUUAUGGGAGAGCUAUGGCUAAGCAUGAGUUCAAGUUCGGGAAGGAUUCGGAAACAGUGAAAAGAUGGAAGAAGGCUCUUUUCGAUGCCGGUAACUUGUCUGGGUGGGAUUUUAACGAUGGAGAUGAAGCGGAGCUCAUACAACGCAUUGUAAAGGAUGUAUCAAGUCGUCUAGAGCGAAGACCCUUACAUGUUGCUGAUCAUCCGGUCGGAAUAGAUUCCCGAGUUCAAGAAGUGAUAUCAUUGUCGCAAAAAGAGUCGGAUGAUGAUGAUGUUCUCAUGAUAGGUAUAUGGGGACUUGGAGGCAUAGGGAAGACGACGAUUGCUAAAGCGAUAUAUAAUGCUAUUGAGAGCCAGUUUCAGGGAUCUAGUUUUUUGGCGCAAGUUAAAGAGGCUUCAAACAAAAGCAGUGGCCUAGUUGGUUUGCAAGAAAAACUUCUAUCCGAGAUCUUAUCUCCUAGACAUCUAACGGUCAAUAGUGUCGAUGGAGGAAUUAGUUUGAUAAGGGAAAGACUUUGUCGCAAGAAGGUUCUCCUAGUUCUUGAUGAUGUUGACCAAUUGGAUCAACUGAAGGCAUUAGCUGGAGGCGAUUGGUUUGGAAAAGGAAGUAGAAUCUUUGUAACAUCGAGGGAUAAGCAUUUGCUAAAUUCUCAUGACAUAAAGUGUGUGCAUGAAGUUAAAACUUUAGACAAUGAUGAGGCACUAGACCUUUUUGUUUGGCAUGCCUUUAAAAACAGCAAAAAACCUGAAAUAAGAAAGGAUCUCAUAGAUGGAGCACUACAUUAUGCUAGCGGCCUUCCAUUAGCCCUCGAAGUGUUGGGCUCAUUAUUAUAUGGAAGAAACGAACCAGCAUGGGAAAGUGCGCUGCGUAAACUCUCCAGGAGUCUCGACAAAGGUAUCGAUCGAGUUUUGAAGAUAAGCUUCGAUGGAUUGGAUGACAAUGAGAGGGAGAUUUUCCUCGACAUUGCUUGUUUCUUUAAGGGAAAAAGAAUAGAAUACAUCAAGGAAGUUCUCGACGGCUGUGACUUGGAGAGAGAGACAACUAUAGGAAUAGAUAUUCUCAUCGAGAGGUCCCUGAUAAGAAAUGAGUAUGGGACCCUGCAAAUGCAUGAUUUGGUUCAGUUGAUGGGGAAGAAAAUUGUUAAGCAGGAAUGUCCCAAUAAUCCUGAGAAACGCAGUAGAUUAUGGCUUUUUGAAGAUGUUCGGGACAUUCUAUGGGAAGAUACGGGAACGGAUGCAGUACAGGCCAUAGUAUUGGACUUGCCCACACCAGAAGAGAGAAGUAUGAGUCUUGAAGAGAUAACCAUAAAGGUGGAUGCUUUUAGAAACAUGAAAAUGUUGAAAAUGCUCAUUCUGCCUAAAGUGCAUAUCUCUUCGGAAGGUCCCGUCCGUCUCCCCAAUAAUCUGAGAUGGCUUAAAUGGCCCAAUGCCCCAUUACUAGAAUUUGGCUCUAAACUUAUUAGAAUUGAUGUCCCAAAAAGUCAUAUCAGAGGUUUAGAAGGCAAAAUUAAGCAUUUUACAAAAUUGAAGUACAUCAAUUUCAGUCAAUGCAAGUCGCUGGUUAGUGUUCCUGACUUUUCAUCGGCUCCAAAUUUGGAGAGCUUGUAUCUUGAUAGGUGUAAAAGCUUGGUGGAGGUUCACCAAUCCGUCGCAUAUCUCGACAAUUUAAAAUUUUUGUCACUACAGUUUUGCUCUAACCUCAGUGUCUUUCCUAACACACUCAAGACAAAAUCUCUUCAAGCCCUUGAUCUCUUUGGUUGCUCUAAACUCGAGAAGUUCUCUGAUGUACCGGGAAAGUUGGAACAUCUAGAAGAGCUUGAUCUAGGAAGGACGGCUAUUAAAGAACUCCCCGCAUCACUUGAAAAUCUUCUCUCUUUGAAGAAAUUAAAUUUAAUAAAAUGCAAAAAACUCGCAACGCUCCCAUCAUGUGUUUAUAAGUGGCAAAAUCUUGAGUAUUUGAAUCUUUUAGGCUGCUCCAAUUUUAUCACGUUCCCAGAGAACUUGGAGGAUUCAAACAAUCCUAACGGCAAUAUGGGAUUCCGAAAAUUAAAAUGGCUAAAACUUAAUGGCUGCAAUCUCUCAGAAGUAGGGUUCCUUGAGAGUUCUUCUAGUUUUCCCAAAUUAGGGCACCUAGAUCUUUCCAAAAACAAGUUUACUCAUCUGCCGACAUGCAUCAACGAAUACAAAUAUUUGGAACACUUGUAUGUGGAUGAUUGCAAACAGAUACAAAAGAUUCCUCAGCUUCCGCCAAAUGUGCAUGUCCUUUCGGCAAAUCGUUGCAGAUCUCUACGAGAAUUCCCAGAUUUGUCGAGUCUCACCUCCGACUGCUAUUCGGUUGAAUUGUCAUCAAGUCAUAAAUUCUUCCGCGAAGGGGCAAAUAUGGCUCAUGCGUUAUCGCUCGAGGGGCUCCGGAAGAUGAGAAAUGUUGACAUUCGCCUAAUUGGGAAAGAGAUGCCAGAAUGGUUCUUUCCCGGUGAAGACAGUUCCAUUGCUUUCACGGUUCCCCGGGACUUGUAUGACAAUUUCUUAGGACUAGCACGCUGUUUUGUUCUUGGCCCAAAGGGAGGAAAAGCGGUUAGUGGUUUUGCUGGAGUCCGAAUUCAUGUUAACGACCACAUGCUGACUGCCUUUUGGAAAGGCGUGCGUUCAAUGGACUCCGAUCAUGUGUGGAUGGGAUAUUUCCCGCGCAGUACGCUGUGGGUAGGAAGGAAGCGUCUGCGAGACGAUUGCUGCCAUAUCCAAGUUAACUUCGUACCAGAAACCGAAGUAGAAUUGAAGAAGUGUGGAUUCCGUCCAAUAUACGAGCAACAGGAGGAUGAUCAGAGGAUCGUGCUCCAACCCCAUCAGCCGAUGAAAACAAAUUGGCCUUCGGAAAGAGACUCAGAUGAAGACGAUUGGAUAGACACCGAGGAAGAAGAAAGUUCAAGUGAAUCAGAUGAUGAACUUAUCGAAGCAAUCGACCGAGAAAAAGAAAAACAAGGACUUUUCAAAGCAGAUAAGAUCGGGCCUUCGGAGGAAAGAGACUCAGAGGAAGACAAUUGGAUAGACACCGAGGAAGAAGAAAGUUCAAGUGAAGAAGAUGACGAACUUAUCAAACCAAUCGACGAUGGAAAAGAAGACACAGCACUUUACGAAGCAGAUAAGCUCGACGACGGUGGACCAUGUGAAUGUAAAGCUACAGGAGGUCUCUGUCGAAGUUUAAAGACCUUGACAAGGGAUCGAUUCUUGCGGAGACGGAUAUACUGAUUCCAAUGCCUUUUGCAUUUCCCUCUUUUUUUUUUUUACGUCUCUACUGGAAGUUUUUGAAUGUCCGCUCCUUCAAUUCAAUUUCAGAAUCAUUAUGAAGUACAGGUUUCACGACAUGCUACUGACAUGGUUGAGGUUGAGGAGCUUCCUUUUUCCCUCUCUUUCUUUUAUGAUUUGUGAUGCGGAUUGCAUUAAUACAGAGUUAAGUGGAUGCUUGUCGAA